CCAGGACUUGGGUGGGCGGCUGGAGCAGCCUGGCUCCUGCUGGUCCCUUCCCUCUUCUCUGCGGCUGCCCCACGAUCUCGUCAGUUUCCUCUGCUGCGCGAAUUUUGCCUCCCAGCGUUUCCUCCCCCUCCUUCUCCUCUUCACAGAUCCGGUUAGGGUGGCGAGGGCGACCGGGAGUCGGAGAAUGAAGCCUCCUCCCAGGCACUUUGCUUGCCCUCAUAUUUAAUUGGGCUUUGUAAGGGUUGAAGUGGCAGCCUCCGAGGGUGGCUAACAUCAGCCCUGUUUGUGGCUGACUGUAUGGAGCCAGGGGGCUUCUGGUGUCCCCUGGAUACCAAAACAAAGGCGAGCACCUUCAGAGGCGCCUGAUCCCCCUGGGGUGCUUCGCUUAAUACGUUUGUGGUUAGCCAGGCCCAGGUACACGGGAGAGCUUGGCUGCCUUCAUUUCUGUCUGCAAGUGGGACCCGGAGCUCGUUGUUUUUCUCUUCUUCCUUCCAUAACGGACAAAGGAGAAGAAUCAAACUGGAAGGGGGUGGGGUAAACGUCUGCAACGUUUUGAAAAUAAUGAUCAGCUGUGUACAUCCUUUUCCGUACUUCCUCCAAACGAACAGCCUCGACUCCAGCUCUAGCCGCCUGCAAGCUCUCUCGAGAGACUCUACGGGGCUGGGUAAUUCAGUGGUCCACAAGCGGUCUCCAUUACGCCGAAACCAAAAACCACCAAUAUCCUUGACCAAACUGUCCUCGCGGGAUGGACAGAAAGCCAAAAAGCAAGUAUGUAAAUUUGAAGAAGGUCAAGAUGUCCUAGCUAGAUGGUCAGAUGGCUUGUUUUAUCUUGGAACUAUCAAAAAGAUAAACAAACUGAAGCAGAGCUGCUUCAUUAUAUUUGAAGACAGUUCUAAAUCCUGGGUUCUCUGGAAGGACAUACAAACAGGAGCUACUGAAAGUGGGGAAAUGGUCUGUACGAUAUGUCAGGAAGAAUAUUCAGAGGCACCCAAUGAAAUGGUUAUAUGUGAUAAGUGUGGUCAAGGUUAUCAUCAGCUGUGUCACACACCAAAUAUUGAUUCUAGCGUGAUAGAUUCAGAUGAUAAAUGGCUCUGCCGACAAUGUGUCUUUGCAACAACAACAAAAAGAGGUGGUGCACUUAAGAAAGGACCAAAUGCCAAAGCACUGCAAGUUAUGAAGCAAACAUUGCCUUACAAUGUAGCUGAUCUUGAAUGGGAUGCAGGUCAUAAAACAAAUGCUCAACAGUGUUAUUGCUACUGUGGAGGUCCUGGAGACUGGUAUUUAAAGAUGCUACAGUGCUGUAAAUGUAAACAGUGGUUCCAUGAGGCUUGCGUGCAGUGCCUCCAAAAGCCAAUGCUUUUUGGUGAUAGGUUUUAUACAUUCAUUUGUUCAGUUUGUAGUUCUGGACCAGAAUACCUCAAACGUUUACCCUUGCAAUGGGUAGAUAUAGCACAUCUAUGCCUUUACAACCUAAGUGUUAUUCACAAAAAGAAAUACUUUGAUUCAGAGCUUGAACUCAUGACAUAUAUUAAUGAAAACUGGGAUCGACUCCACCCUGGUGAACUGGCAGACACACCAAAAGCUGAAAGAUAUGAACAUGUUCUGGAGGCAUUAAAUGAUUAUAAGACCAUGUUUAUGUCUGGAAAGGAGAUAAAGAAGAAAAAACAUUUAUUUGGCUUGAGAAUUCGUGUUCCUCCUUGCCCACCUAAUACUGCUUUCAAGGCUGAGAAAGAGCCUGAGGGAACUUCACAUGAGUUCAAAAUUAAAGGCAGAAAAUCAUCAAAGCCUGUGCCUGAUCAGAGGGAAGUUACUAAUGGUGUAGAAAGAAAGGGGAAGAAGAAGUCUAUUGGUCGUCCACCUGGACCAUAUACCAGAAAAAUGAUUCAAAAAUUGUCUGAGCCAUCUCUUUUGCUCCCCCCUCGGGAAAAGGAACCUGUUGUAGUGCAAGAAACCCCUAUUCUGGAUUUACCUAGUGCUAUUGGAUCUGAUGGAGCUGCACAUUCAUCCAAUACCUCAGAUGUGGAAUCUACAGGUGCUGUCAGUACAAAAGAAACUACCUCAACUAGUAUUUCGAAGCAUUACAGUUUAUCUGACUCCAGGAAGAGGACACGUACAGGAAGAACUUGGCCGGCUUCAAUACCACACCUAAGGAGAAGAGGGCGCCUCCCACGAAAAGCACUCCAGACUCAGAAUGCAGAAAUUGUAAAAGAUGAUGAAGGCAAAGAUGAUUAUCAAUAUGAUGAACUUAAUACAGAGAUUCUGAAUAACUUGGCUGAUCAGGAGUUGCAACUUAAUCAUCUCAAGAACUCUAUUACUAGUUACUUUGGUGCAGCAGGUAGGAUAGCUUGUGGUGAAAAAUAUCGUGUUCUGGCACGUCGGGUGACGCUUGAUGGAAAGGUGCAGUAUCUGGUAGAAUGGGAAGGAGCAACUGCCUCCUGACUGUAGGACUGUUCAUUAUGUUGCCCUUAUCUAUUUAUAAAUCAGGAGUGCAGAAGGAUAGUUUUCUAUGUUUCUAAAAAUGGAAACCAAGUUAGCCUUAACACUUGCUUAACAGUACAAAUAAAUAUUACCAUUUUUAAAAUAAGGUUGGGAAUCCUGAAUUUUUUUAAAAUGAGGAUUUAGAUUGUUUAAGAUGGGAAUCUGGGAUUUUGGAUUUUUUAAACGUGCAUGAAUUCAAAAGAGACUUGUCUAGAGUACAUUCCAUGGACACUCUUUUUGUGGUUAGGGAAUAUUUUCUGUAGCUAGGAAAGAAAUAUUUAGGAGGAUUUUUAAUCUUUUCUUACCCAAAUGUGUAUUUCUACUUAGACAACCCUAGAUUUUCAUAAGGUGCAGUGUAUAUAAUUCCUACUGAGGACUGUAAAAUAUCGAAAUCUUCUUUCAAGCAAAGUGUAAAAAAUAUAUAUUGAGCUUGUAAAUUGCUUUGUGACUAGACUUUGUUGUCUUUUUAAUAUAUUCUUUGCAUGUGUGUAUAUAUACACAUACGUGUGCAUGUGUAUAUAUCUGUGAUUGUGACCUAUGCAAUAUAAAUUAUGGGAUUGGGCAGCUUUUGACUAUAAAUCUAUAUAUCCCAUAAUUCUUUUAUCAGGAAUAGUUGCAGUAUUUACACAGCAGCAUUUCUUCUCAGGCUUUAUUGGGUGCUGUUGCUUGCCACAUACUACAGAAUAUGUGUCAAAUGAGUGCAGUGCGCUCUGGCAAUGAGUGCAGUCAUUAAUGUCAUUUUUUUUUAGAAAACAAUUCAGGCUGCAAUACUGUAUACAGAGUCUAGUGCAGAUGUUGCAUGUUCAGAUCUCUUAAUCAUGAAAAAGUUUUGGAGUGCCUCUCAGGCUUGCAGUUUCCCAUCCCACUCCUUCCGGGAUUAACUAUGGUAUAGCUCUAGAACACAGCUUCACAGCUUAAUGCAGGCCUCAACAAACUUUCAUUCGAGGAGGCAGAAUGCUCUCCACCCUACGUGGGUGGGGUGUGUGUGGACUUGCUCACUCUCAGCAACAUCCUCUGCCCAAUGGUCCUGCCUUGCUUGCAUACUGUUCCUAGAUGAUUUAUUUAUUUAUUUAUUUGGCCACACCAUGGUUAAUGCUGGGAAUAGAAGAGGCCAGAAUGUGGAGAGGGAGGGAGUGCAUGCUCCUGUUUUCUUAGCCAUGGAUGAGAGACCUGAAAACAUUGCAGCUGUACUGCUUACAUCUCCUUGACAAGCAACCUAUCUGUUCACAGUACUGCAGCCUCAGUUGAUAUGGGAGAAAAGCUUGCUGUUUGAGACACAAAUCAGGACUUGAAAAUUCAAACAUGAACUCUGCUUAGAAACAAAAUGCUAUGAUUUUGUGACACAUUGAUUGUAAAUUUAGUCUCCCAGUUAUUAAAAAUGUCAGCAGGAGUCGCACAGAAGGUUCCUUUUAUAUGUAAUGUUUUGUAGUCACGUUUGAUAAACAUAGUUGGAACAAAAUGUUUAAUUGCACAGGGUCAACAAAACAGUAUGUUACCCCUUGAAGUAACAAUACUGCUUUUAUUACAAUAUUACCUCUUCUGUUCUUUAUACAUAUGAAUCAAGUUUUAAAUUGAUAACUUUGUUUUACUUGUACUUUUUUUGGCCAGGGUUAAAUGUAUUUUCUUUAUCUGCUGUUUUGAGUUUUCAUUGUAAUUUUUUGCCAAAGAGUAAACACAACUAUUUUAUUUUGAUGGUUUCUCAUUUUACUGCCUAAUGUUUUGCUGACAUGAGUUUGCCAACAAAAUAAAAAUAGGAUAUUAAAUGAUUUCAUAGCAAUUACGGGGUUGUAAAGUUAUUCCUCUAAAUAAUUUCAAGCAAGAAGACCUUGUUAUAUCUAACUUUUAGGAAAGAAUUCUCUAUCACCUUUAUGUAGCCAAAGGAAGCAUAGAAAAAAUUGUCCUGUGCUUGUGGUUGGCCAGAAAACUAGCAAGCUUUACAAAAGUUGUAAUUAAAAUGUACUUCUGUUUUGCCUUCACUAAAAAUGUGGGUCUCUUUCCCUUUCAUACAGUCUCAGCUAUUAAGUUAAAGUUGCCUUGCCUAUAACUGCAAUAUUUUGAUAAUACACAGAUUACUUUUUGAAUGUUGGUCUCUUGGGGUAAUGCAAAGUGUAGUUGUCUUCUAAUGUUACACAAACCAACCAGUUUCCAUUUUUCCACAUUUAUCAUUUUACACUGAACACCAGCAGUAUUUGCAGUAGGGCUUCCAUACAAAGACAGCAAUUGGAAUCUAGUUGGGGAAAGAACUUGUCAUAAUAUCAGUAGAUUUAAUUGUGAUUUUUUUUUUUUUGUUUCAUGUUAUCAUGGUGGUUGAUGUUUGUAUUGCUGAAACUGUUUUCUAGAAUUUUAAAAAAAUCAACAUUAAAUGUGUGUAUUUUUAAGAAAA